AUGAAGUAUCAUACAAAAAAGAGACAUCUCUUUGUGAAGACAGGUUUUGUUUACGUCCUUGGACCACUUCUGUCCAGCAGAUUUCUUCUUGUUACUGGUUCCUGCAGCAUCCCCAAGAUUGCAAAGUAUGAUGAAAAUGUGCUGUGUGAACAGCUGGGCUCCCUGAGGACACCUCUGGCAGAGAUCCCUGUAGGCCACCAGCGUGCUUCAACUAUUGAAGCAGCACAUGACUGCAAAAUGGACACAGAUAAUAAACGAAACAAAAAAACUCUUCUAGACCAGCAUGGACAGUACCCAAUAUGGAUGAAUUCCAGGCAGAGAAAGAAACUAAAGGCACAGCGUGUUAAAGGGAAAAAAAAACCAAAAUUGGCAAAAGGCCUAGUCUGGUAA